AUGUCCCCUUGGAAUCUGGGUCAGAAUGACCCUCCUGAGGAGCUGAUAACUAUGAAGAACCAAUUGGCCUCUAAGGAGAGCCAAAUCGCUGCUUUCCAAACUCAACUAAUGAAGAAGUCUGAAGAGUUUGACGAACUCAAGAAAUCGUUCGAAGAUGCAAUUCACAAGGCAAAAAGCAAACGAGCAUUGGAUCUUGAAGCCAAUCUGCGCCAGCGAGACUCCGAACUUACGAAUGAAAAACUCACCCGGCAAAACCUGGAAACGGCGCUUACCACGGCAACGAAAGAAUACAAGGAAUCCGACCUCGAGAUUCGAAACCUACAAUCCAUUCUGGACUCAAUAUCACACGAUUCUCGAUCCCAGCAGGAACGGUAUCGCCAGUUGCAAAAGGAGAGGGAUACUCUACAGGAACGUGUGAAGGAACUCCAAACCCAAAUGCCACAGCCGUCGACAGAGCCCGCCAAGCGCACUCACAGGCGCUCGUCAUCACUCUCAAGUUUCAGAGUCACUACCCUGGAACAAGAACUUCGCGAAACCAAGGCUGCUCUGCAGAAACGGGACGAGGAACUACACAUUGUCAAGGGCAAACUGUCUGUAGCAACUUCUGAUGCGAACCGCUUUGAGAACGAGAAGUUGGCCCUCGAACGGAGCCUUUCGAAGAAAAUCCGUGAACUCGAAGCCACCCUCGAGGAGAAGGAGGAGGAGAUCCAGUGUCUGAGAGACGAGGGAGGGAAUGGGGAUCGGGAAAGGGAGUUAAUGGAUAGGAUCGAUGAAGACGAGGCUAAGAUUGCUGCUUUGGAAUCCAUGCUACGGAAUAGCUCGGCGCUGGAAGACAAGUUACACUCAACGGAGCAGCAGUUGCUGGAAGAGCGUCGCAAAGUUCAGCAAAUCACACAGCUACACGCCCAGUUGAAGAGUGAGAAAGAAAAGUUGGUGGAAGAUCUCCGAGUGGCUCACGGAGAGAUCGAGAACACACGCCCUAUGCAUGUAUCAGGAUCCUCUGACGAUUCAACGACGCAUCUUCCCCUAUCCGAUGAUAUGGACACCUCCGAGCUCGUACGACCCAGCGAAGUUGACCCAGUUGCAUACAUCGGCAAGCUCCUGGCGGCAGUUGAUCGACUUCGCGACGAACGAGACAACCUUCAAAGAAACGUGCACUUUCUGGAGUCGGAGUCGCGAUUUACCAUCGAGGCUUUGGAAGCAAAAUUGUCCGCAUCGAUCGCCACGACCGUGUCCACGGGUGAGACGGUUGGAACUCUGGCACAAAUGAAAGCAGAGAUGGACGCACUUCAUCAGGAACUUUCUGUGACGAAGGACCAUGCAGAAUCCGAUAUCCGAACCAAAACUCAGGAAAUCGACCGCCUUCACCGCAUUAUUCUCGCACUUGGCGUAACACUUGGACGGCUCCCUGCCGCGGAUGGUCAGAAUCACGCCGACCUUGUCGCUGGUUAUGAGGCGAGAAUAAAGGAAGUGGAAGAGAAACUUGAUGUGACCGUGUUGUGCCUAGAAGCAACUACGAGCCAGCGAGACGACUUGGUCAACACCCUUCGUGACAAAGAAGCUUCGUGGGCCGAGGAGGUCGACAUCAUUCGCCACGGACACCAGCAAGCCUCACGAACUAUCGAAGACCUUGGCAAACAAGUCGACGAGCUCACCGGCCAACUCGAGGAGGUCGAGUCCCAACGAAACUCCCUCGCUGUCCAGAUAAAGAAUUUGGAGAGCGACCUUGAAGCUGCUCGCAGCGAUCUUACGAAGGCGGAGAGCCGUUACAGCGAACUCCAGUUCCACCAGCUCAACAGCAUGACCUCUUCCGAAGCCACCGCAACAUUGCGAACGCAGAUCCACGAGCUAGAGGCGCGCGUCAUGCGGAGAAAUGAACAGCUAGGCAUCCAUCAACACGAUAUCCGUCGCCUUGAAACCAACUUGCGUCUUCAAGAAGACCGACUCAUGGAGAUGACGGCAGAGAUGGAGAUGCUCAAUGCGCAGAAGGAUGCCAUGGUCGAAGAUUGUGCCAACACCCGGGAGGAGAGGGAUGUGGCGUUGCAUCGCGUGGAGGAGUUGGAAGAGGAGAUGGCCAAUUUGGAGGCCAGCCAUGCCAAGGAUGAAGCCACCAUUUGCGCGUUGGUCAGCGUCAUCAUCGAAACCGCUGGGAAGGCUAGACAAGCGCUCAGAGAACAGCGCGAAUCGGGGAAGGAGACCGCCAACGCUUCGCUUCGGAGGGCUUUAGAAGUAGUGGAAGAACUCACGACGGAGAAGGUUCGCUUGGAGGAAAACGUCGAGGCCAACAAGCAGCGCAUUGAUGAGCUUCUUAACGAGGUGGACAACCUCCGCGCCGCACAUGAAGCUGACAUCUCCCUCUAUUCGACGGCCCGAACAAAGCUGGAGCAGCAACUGGAGCAGCUCCAUACCGAGAUCAAGGACCUCCGCCUUGCGAAAGAAGAGCUCCAGAGGGCACACGAUACUGAAGUGGAAAGACUUGCUUCAGAAAGCGCUCGACUCCAGAGUCUUCUCCAGGAAGCAGAAGUCGCUGCCUCAGCGCAAAAGGAAGGUCACGAAUCGGCUCAACGCAGCAAAGACGAAGAUACCAGUGAACUACAAGCCCGAGUUCUGGAACUCACCCGGCGGCUAGCAGAGAACGACGCUCGGUUCUCGGCAGAACGCGAACAACUGGAAGCCCGACUCAGAGAUGCUGUUGAUGCCAAAGACGCCGUCGAUACCGCGCUCAAAGGCGUCCAGGGUCAGCUGACUUCUCUCGAGGAGCAACACGCCUCGGAGGUUAGCCAGCUGCGAGCGUCCUUGCAGACGGAAACUGACGCGCUUCUCCAGUCUUCCGCCGCCAAGGAAACAUUGGAGCGGGAGAAUAAGGAGUUACGUGCCGAACUUGACGCUGCCUCUUCUAAGAUGGCGGAGGUAGAGGCGUCUGGAGGCGAGAAGCUGAAGGAGUUGGAAAAUAAACUGGAAGCGCAGGGACGGGAAGCGGAAGAGUUGUCGCGGCGGGCCAAGGACCUAUCCCAACAGGUUCGCGAAGCGGAGGAGCUAAGAGCCAGGGAGCAGGAGGAGCACCGACUGGCAAUUACGUCUUCAGCUGAAAUGAUUCAGCGCCAUGAGACAUCUGUCAAAACGCUGGAGGAUGACCUGGCUCGGUUGAAGGAUGAACUUCAGACCCUAGAUCGACUUUAUUCAACUGCCCAACAGGAGAAGACCCAGCUGCAAGAGCAGACGACCGACCUCCUCGCCAAGGUAGAACAGGGUCGGUCUGUGCAACGAGUGCUCCAGGAUCAGGUUGAAGAAAGGGAACAAGCGAUGAAAACUCUUGAGGAAGAGCUGGUCUCAGUUCGGGAAGAGCUGGCUCGUGUCGAGCAAGCAAAUGCAAAGGCGAAUCUCAACAUGAGUCUCACAUCAGCGCAGCACAAGCGAGAAAUGACGGACCUGCAACGAGAGUUGCAAAACCUACGUUCCAAGUCUAAUUUGGAGCAAGUGAUCGCAGAGUUGCAGGAACGAAAUCAGGAAAUGGACGAUUUGCUCAGGCAGAAGUGUGCAGAGAUCGAAGCCAAUGACGACAAAUCGCUCGAGAUGCUUCGAGAAAAUAAGAAACUCACAGCUAAGGUUGAAAACCUCACUCGCAAGGUGACGUCCCUCCAGAACAAACUCGCCAGUUUGAAGGAGCAACGCAGGCAAGGCGAUGUUAGGCCGAGUGCACCUUCCGCCCCUGUCCAAGUCGAAUCUCAGCCAGAGCCGACUUUCCAGCGACCGCCUUCUCUGGCAACAAGCAUUAGUCAACCGACGUUCACAGCGCCGCCAGUUGCUUCGAGCUCAAAGCCUGUACCUCGAGCAACAUCCUUCAGUUCACGACCCAAAACUCCCGAAAAGAGUCUACCUCCCGCACCCAUGCCUGUCUUUAGGAACAGGACGCCUGAACAGCUACCCUACAUCGCCCCCGACCCAUCCUCCGUUGUAGGGAAGAAACGACGCGCACCGGAUGACUUUGAAGUCUGCGAAAGUGUUCCGCCACAGGUAUUCACUGCCGAAAGUUUGCCCGGGGAGAAGACAGAGAAUAGAACGCCUCGGGUGCGGAGAGUGUUAAGCAGCCUCCAAACCGGGUUCACUCCAAACCGUAGCAGUGCUCGACCCGUAGCAUCAAUGCCAUCGCCUGACAAGCAGGCGAACGUCCCUGCUGCUUUCAUCUCGGACGUCACCAACAGCCCUCUCGUCAUUCCGCCUCUCCAUUCUGGCCUUCAAUCGGCAAAGUCAAAACGAAGUUGGCUUGGUAAAAUUCGGGGAGCGUCAUCGUCGACGAGUGGUCAUGGCCAUGGGAUGUCGAGACACCAAUAA